AGAACCAAGGCUGCAAAGAGCAACACUCUCCCCUGUGCUAUGCCUUCUCUCUUACUCUCAUUCUCCAUUCUCUGUGUUCUAUCAGUCUCUCUCUUCUUCCUCUUCUUCGCAACACAUAAACAAUACUUUACUCCCCCUGCACCUCUCAUUUCCUCUAGCAAAAUCCCCCAAAAUCCCAACCAAUGCAUCAGAGUCUACGUUGCAGAGCUCCCCAGAUCACUCAAUUACGGUUUGUUAGACAAAUAUUGGACCAUGAAAGGUGAUUCCAGACUCGGCAGCGAUGUCGACAAUGAACUACGCUCUGAGCUUUCUUCGAAAGGGAAGCUCGAAUUCCCUUUAUAUCCGGAGAACCCAUUGAUCAAGCAGUACAGUGCGGAGUACUGGAUCUUGGGUGAUCUGAUGACUACCGAGGAAUUUAGAGAACGGUCUUUUGCGAGGAGGGUUUUUAAGGUUGAGGAAGCUGAUGUUAUAUUUGUGCCGUUCUUUGCGACCCUUAGUGCAGAAAUGCAAUUGGGUAUGGCGAAGGGGGCGUUCAGAAGGAAAAUUGGCAAUGAGGAUUAUGAGAGGCAGAAGCAGGUGGUGGACUUGAUUCAUGGUACUGAUGCUUGGAAACGUUCUGGUGGCAGGGAUCAUGUCUUUGUGUUGACGGACCCAGUUGCAAUGUGGCAUGUUAGAGCUGAGAUAGCUCCAGCAGUUCUUCUGGUGGUCGAUUUUGGUGGCUGGUAUGGGCUUGACUCAAACACAUCCAGUGACUCCAAUAUGAUACAACAUACCCAAGUUUCGCUGCUCAAAGAUGUGAUCGUGCCGUACACUCACCUACUACCUAUACUGCACUUGUCGGAAAAUCAGGAUCGCCAGACUCUUCUUUACUUUAAAGGAGCCAAACAUAGGCACCGGGGAGGCCUGGUUCGUGAAAAAUUGUGGGACUUGUUGGCUAAUGAACCUGGUGUUGUCAUGGAAGAAGGUUUCCCCAAUGCCACUGGCAGGGAGCAGUCAAUAAAGGGGAUGAGGACAUCAGAAUUCUGCUUGCACCCAGCUGGUGAUACACCCACUUCAUGCCGACUUUUUGAUGCCAUUCAGAGUCUUUGUAUACCUGUGGUUGUUAGCGAAAAUAUUGAGCUUCCAUUUGAAGGGAUGGUGGACUACAUGAAUUUUUCAGUUUUUGUAUCAGUGAAUGAUGCAUUACAACCAAAAUGGCUUGUGCACCGUCUAAAGAUGUUCUCCAAAGAGCAGAAGAAUGCAUUCCGCCAAAAUAUGGCUCGUAUUCAGCCAAUUUUGGAGUAUGAUAAUGGCUAUCCAGGUGGUAUUGGACCAGUUUCUCCAGAUGGUGCGGUGAACCACAUUUGGAAAAAGGUUCACCAAAAAUUACCCAUGAUUAAGGAAGCAAUUAUUAGAGAAAAGAGAAAACCAAAAGAUGCAUUAGUUCCCCUUCGGUGUCAUUGUACAUGAAUCUUUACGUCUAAUGUACCUCUGUUUUUAUUCUCUUCUAAUGAAAAAGUUGAAUGACAAACUGCUUUGGAUGUA